AUGAUGCACAGCAGCUGGAUCUGCAGAUUCCUCCUCCUGGCGCUCCUCGGCCUCAUGGUGGCCCUUGUACACACAGGUAAAAAUCCUCUAAAGUGGGCUUUUGAUUUUUGUUUCUUUUCUGUGUAACAUCACCUGUGUCAUCACUGUUUUUUUUUUUAGAUUACAAGAAAUACAGGAAGAAAAAGCAAAUGAGAAGUUGAGUUAAAACUAAUCAGAUCUGUUUGUAAAUGUAGUUUUAUGGUCAGCGUCAGUUUUCUGGUUAAAAUGAUUGAAUUGUAAACUCAUAUUGCUUUUGGUGGGUCAUCCAUCCUCCAUAGGUAUCCAAAUUGAAUAUAAGCGUGUACAUGUUUUUGCCCUACUUUCCCAUCAAACGCACAUGAACAGGCCAUGAUGUGUGAGUCUCCAGCCUGAUGUAAAUGAUGCAGUUGUUGAGGCUCUGAGAGCUGUGAAAGCUGCUCUUUGACAAGCAGGAUGACUCAGUUGCUUUCAUGAUGCCUCACAUUAAGAUGACUACCUUCUCCCCUUUGAUUGGAGCGGUUCUGUGCUGCGUUUAUUUUGCGUAUGUGAAGAGGACUGAGAGGCAGAGGCAGGGAUGAGGACUUUUUACGUGAUUUGACAAGCGAGUGCGAUUAACAGAGCAACUAAAUGUAACAAACUCACUCUGAGUGGUCAGUCUUUUACUUUAUUAUUUUUAUGAACAGAUAUGGAGUGAUUGACAAACACUGUUAUCUUCUCUUUGUAAAUGUCCACUUAAUUUCUAUCUGAGGACUGGUUUUAGAUUAUAUGGUUUUCAACUUCAUGGCCGUUUCACACUUGUAGGGUUUGUAAUAAAAUCAUAUUUUCCUACUAAACUCUCUCCACUUCUGUGAUUUCGUAAAUUUUCACUGAAGAAUUUUCCUAAGAUAUUGAACUAGUGGAUCCAAAUAUAGUGCAUCACAGUGAUGGCUGUGCACAGCCCUGUCUCCCGCCUCUUUUUAGAGUAAAACUAUUUGAUGAAUAUCUGUUGACUUUAAUCCUCGCAGUGGGAGUCUUAUACGGUGCCUCUUUAGUUUCAAUGACUGCAUCUUGUUAACUAAAUCUGGUUAAAACUCUGUAAAGAAAAUAAAACCCUAAUUUAUUUUUUGUGUAUGGCCCUAAGUGUGCAGUGACCUCUGUAAAUUGUCUUUGACAUAUCUGUAAAAAAAAACUUUCCCUUUCACUUAGCUCUUUUCUUUACUGUAAUGUCUCUCAAACUCCUCUGAAAAACUGCUCUGGACACAGGAGAGCAGUUCUCAGACCCAAAGGUCAAAGUUCAAAGGGGCAGUGGGAUGACAUGGUUAUAUCUUGAGUUGACAAUGUCCUCUCUGUCCUGUAGAAAAGAAAUCACUGUAAGGUGCCACCUUUAGCUUGGUACUGAAAAUCUUCAGUGACAGUAAAACGGCUCCAAACUGAAUUCUCAGUCUGACAUUUUAACGCUAAGGUGCUGUGACGUGUCUUUAAGACACUGAAUAUAUCUUUUAAGGCGAAAACUGUUAGAGCAGUAAGUCUCUGAUGUAUCUGCCUCAGUGAACAGUGUGCUAAGCAGUUAUAUUAUCUGUUGAUUCCCAGAAGUGCCACAAUUCUUGAUUUCAACUCAAAGUGACAGAACUGGUGUGACCAGCCACCCCAGAGCUUGACUCAGCAUGAAACAAACCACCAGAGCUUGAGCAACACAAUGUGAUAAUUACUCACUCUCGCUCUUUCUCAUGGAACUUCCUCAAAUUUAUGUUUAUGUACAAUAUGCGGGACUCAAAGCCACUGGUGCAUCACAUGUUUUUAAAAAAUAAUAAUAAUGUGGCAGGAUUACAACUCCAGGGUUUGGCCAAAUCUCGAGGAGGGGCUUUAAAGGUGAAGAGGAUUAUGAAAAUCAUAUGUUGUUCAAAUUUUGAGUAGGUUUAAGGUGACUGAUCCAAGCCACAGCCUACAGUGAUUCAAAGGCAAAGCCAACCAAACCGAGGCGAAAAACCCUGUAGUUCCCCGAGCGUCCACUAGAGGCUGGCUGCAAAAGUCAAAGAAUCCUCAUUAGGUCCCAUGUUAACGUGGCCAACUUUGCAGCGAAGUUAAACAAGUUUACAGCCUGAUUUGAGUAAAAGUGAAGUUGAGUUGGCAUCUCCAAUAUGGUGUCCAUCAUGGUUAGGUUCAAUUGUUUAACCGCUCUCAUGAUGUUUUAUGUAAAGUAGAUGUCUGGGCUAGAAAAAGAAUAAAGGAUUUUGUACCAAUCUGACAAUUUACCAAAAAUUUCAAGUCAAAGUCAAGCUUCAAAUAUCUAUUUCCAAGCAAUUAAGUCCCUUGUGCACAAAGCACAUAUGAUACAUACUAUAAUCUCUAUUUAACCACUUAAAGAUAACAUGUUCCUUUAAUAGUCCCACAGGGGGAAAUUCCAAAUUUACAGCAGCAUACAGUCAUACUAAGAGAAAUUUAAGUAUAAAGCAACUUACAGUUAAGUUAAGAAAUCAGAUAAAAGAUAUGUACACAAGUAAAAUUUACAUGUGUACAUAAUAUGAAUAAUGAUAUGGUUUAUUGCACGCUGAGGUUUCUGUUGUUUGCUUCGUUCUCAAAUUGAUUAAAUCCAGUUUUGUUUGAAAAGCAGAACAAAUGUAAACUGGAACCCAAAAGACAGACUUCAUAAUAUGGAUCGUUUUGAUUCGGCUCUUCAAACAACUCGGCGCUGGGAGUCUAUUGAGGGUUUUCUCCUCAUUAUUUCAGACUAAAUUCUCCAACACACUGGUUAGUCAAUCAAAUAUUUCACAAUGGAAAACGUGGCUGAGUAGAAAAAGGGUGAAGCAAGGACACAGAGCACCUCUGCGUCACUUGCCGUUUUGGAUGCUCAGUCAGGUUGCUUUUCACACACACUCGUCCUUGCGCUUUGUCAUCUCUCUAGUUGGUGCGAAAUCCUUACUGAAGAGGCCUGAUGUACCAACAAACAGCCCUCUGUGUUGUUAGCAUCUGAAAUCAUCCCUCAGUACAGUGUGCCAGCCUUUUUAUGAGUCUGGAGUUGUAGAUGAAGUCAGAGGGAGCUUGACUGACAUGAAGAGUCUUGUGUUGGGAAAGUGUGAGUGAGUGAAGUGAUUGGCGACCACUGACACUGCUUUACUGACAGGGCAGGCAUGUAGGUAACAGGUAACAGAGGUAAAGUUAAACUAGACUGUAUUAACUCAACUUCAUCCAGCUAAAAAUAAUAAUUAAUAAAAAUUAAUGCAGUCAAGGAUGGAGUUUAGCAACUUAGUAAAAGUACAAAAUUGGUUGGAUACCAAUCUGGUAAAGUUUGCGUGAUACUAAACCUGCAGACUGCACACUAAACACUAAACCUGAGUCAGUGUAACACAAUAUGUUUUACUCUUAAGCUACUAAUUAAGCUUGUUUGACAACUUGACUGCUAAUGAAAAUAAGCUCAAAUUGUUUUCCAACAUGUAUGAACAAACAUCUCAAAGAUGGAGUAAUGUAAGCUAAUAGAACAGUUUGAUGAAUCAACAGUAGUGCCAAAAACGCAUGGAGUCAUUAUCCUGUUAGCUUAGUUACUGAUGAACUGCUCGUAGAUAGAUAGAUAGAUAGAUAGAUAGAUAGAUAGAUAGAUAGAUAGAUAGAUAGAUAGAUAGAUAGAUAGAUAGAUAGAUAGAUAGAUAGAUAGACUUUAUUGAUCCCAAACUGGGAAAACAUGAAAAAUUUGCUAAUCAUAAAAGUUGAACUGCUCAGAUCGUUAGCUAAGAAAAGAUAAAUAAUGAAAUCAGGUGAAAUGAUUGUCAACGUAACGAUAAAUCCACAGAUGACACCCUAAAGUCAUGAUUUUAUAGAAAUAGUCUAGUUGAAGUGAUCCUCGGCUAAAAUAGAUGAAUAAGCUGCAGAUAAUCAGCUAUUUGAAAGAGCUGUGAGUAACUGAUAAAGGCUGAGUCACUGAAAAUCCCCGAGUAUGCUGUGUAGGGACCAACCUACGUGGUUCAUCUUAAGGGGCUGUGGGUGUAUUUGUGAGAGUACAACAAAUAUCAUAAUUUAGGAACCUCUGCAGCUAGAUGUUGGCCCAGAAAAUGUGUUUUUUUAGAGGCUUCAGUGAUGUUAAUUCCAUUAACCAGAAAAUUUCACACUUGAGUAAACUCCUCCUUGUGGAAACAAACACCAACGGAAAACAUUAUGUUUUUAUUUUUUGCCUUAUUAAAUCAAGCUGUCCAGAAGGCACAGCCUUUUACACACAGGGACUGUUUAAUAAACAAGUUUGUUUGACAUCCAGAGCCCCGGCCGCUGCCUGCUUUGGGCCUAGCCGGUUGUUACUGGUUGCAGCCUGCCGCCCUGCGUGACCGCACAAGCUGCCUUUUGUGCCCUGGGCUGAAGGCCUCAUUGAUGGCUGAGCUGGACGGAGGCCCGGGCCUCCAAACCUCCAGCCAGCUUCAGGACAGGAAGCUGCUCACGACUUGGAGUCAACACAGCAGCAUCAGAAUUACACAUCACAAUUUACAAGAUACCACAGCUAACAGGCCGAGUACGUCCUCAGAUGAUAUCAGAUACGCAGACGUUUUAAGUAUUCAGUUCAUGUUUUCUUCUCUAUCAGACAGGAUGAUAUCAGCCCCGUUUGAUAACGACACAAAAAAAGACAGCAGAGAUGUAAAACAGGGUGAAGGAGUUUACUGAGGGCGUCAGAGGCUACAAAGUAAAUAUGCAGUGUUAAAUAACCUGAGUGCAAAUAUGUUUGGAGUUUGGUUUUGACGGUAUGUGUAGAGUUGAGGAUUGGAUAAGUGAAUCAGUGAGUGGGUGGGCUUGUGUGUGAAGAGUUUGUUUGCUCAGGGGGGAUGAAGAUCAAAAUUUUCCUUGGUCUUCUUUGGAUUAAAAAAAACAAACUCCAAAGUCAUUUAGUUCAAAAUCACAAGAAGAAAUGAUCUCAGUAUCUUUGGUGAUGAGCUUUAGAUAAGCGUUUCUAAAAGUUAAAUUUUUAUAAGUCGUGUUUGGGAAACGAGAAAGUGGGCAAGAAGGAGACUUUGUUUCUCUGGCUGCUGCGGAGUUGUGAAAAGUCUCAGGGUAACUCUAUGCUAAGAUGAGAGGAAUGUCAGGACCACUGCUUCAGAUAGAAAGAGAACAGAGGAAUAACAUAAAAUGUCUGCCGCUCAAAGCCGUAGCUGAAGAGUUUUCUUUCAUCAGUACUCAAUUUUAGUUGAAGUGGAGGAUGUUAAGUGGCUACUUGCAGCUCAAAGGGACAAAAUGUUCGUCCUCGACAAAGACAUCCUUAUGCACAGGCCUGAGCCGUUACUGCUGCGGAGGAGACAGACAGAGGUUGUUGGAGUCAUUACAGACAGAGCCAUGUAUGCAGCGUAGGCCUCAGCAGAAAGUCAAACAGAGUCAUUAGCCAACGCAGUGAGUUUCAUCAGUGAAAUUACAGCCUUAGGAAAACACGACGCGCGUCACUACUGCACAACAUUCAGUCCAAAGAGGAUUCAAACCGCUCAAGGUUAACUUUCCAUUCCUGCACAUUGAAGCUGUUAGUUUUAUUUUUUUCAAAGCACAAGUUAUUAUUAUUCUUAUUUUCUUGGUUUGUAGAUACUGUGGCAGACCCUUCCUCAACGGCCAGAGACAACCAGGACACGUCUGGAGACCUCCCCAGCGAUGUUACCACCAAAAGCCCUUUCCAUGACAUGACAGAGCCGCCCUUUACCUUCGACUAUGAGGACUCCACACACUCCCAGGCCAUGGACGAGGAAGAAGGUGAAUUCAACUGGCAGUCAGAGUGACAAAAUCAGUGUUGAUUUUACAUCAUCUAAUAAAUGGAGUUAUAUUUGUGUUUGUAUGCAGGGGUGCUGGGGCCCGGGGCCAUCACAGCCAUCGUCAUAGCAGUUUUCCUGGGAGCAUCCGUCCUCCUGGCCCUCAUUGUCAUCACACUCAGGAAGUUCACAGCCUCCUAG